UUCAAAGGGGUGAUCUUAACUUCACAGCCAUUGAACACCAAAUGACGUUUUACGCAUAGUUGCCGGAUAUGUGUGUUUAUCAGUGUUCAACUGAUAGCUCACGUAGCUCAGGUAUCAAGUGACUAUUUUCAGAACAGGUGAACGGAAAUUUGGAAAAAAUUGAAAUAUGGAUCCUGAAAUAGAAUUUUUAAGCAAUUUAAACAUUCAAAUUUACAAUUUAGAAAGACAAGAAAGCAAAGUCUGUGGUUUCUUCAAGGAAUCAGAAUGUGAUGUUGAUAUUUUUUUACAAUCUUUAAAACGAAUCGGAUAUGUUUUCAGCGUAAGACAUACGAGAAAUCUUGAAGGCAAGCUCGUCACCGUCUGUAACAAUAAAGAGAUAAGAAUUGAUAUUGGUCAUGUAUUUAAAAAAAAUCGCCAAUUCAUUUUCCACUGCGCUCACGGAGAAAAAUACUACAAAAUUAAACAAGAUGAACAACAAAAAGAUCAUCCAGCUGGUAAAAAACAACGAUUUCAUGUUCAAAAUACGAAAAAAAUGGAUUGUGUAGCGGAAAUGAAAAUACUGAAAAUUACGGUUUUUCCAGAUUACAAUGUUUCACAAACGACUCAUUGGCGUGAGAAGAAAGAAGAACUGCAACGACUAGAGGAAAACUUGAAAAAGGGAGCUGUCGUACAAGAAAUUCGUUAUUACUUUUCCAUGUCUAUUCCUUCAGCGCAUAAUCAUUCCAUCGCUACAGCCCUGCUAAAUUUACGUAUAGAUUCUACUCUUGAAAAUGAAAUUCAACGAUUGGUGGACCUUGGCAUCACGAAUGUAGAAUAUGUCCGGAAAGAGUUGAGGAACUUUGUUAAAACUAAUUACCCACAAGCUCCAUCUGAAUCUACUGCAUUCUACCCAGAAACACAAACGAUCUAUAAUUACGUACUGAAGCAUAUCAAUCUGAAAUACCGGAGUACAAUUGAUCAAGAUCAAUUGCUGCAAAAAAUGGAUGAAUGGAAACACGAUGAAAACGAUGAUAUAUUCUUUAGACCAUAUAGCGAAGAUGAAAACGGAACUGUGCAAACGUUAUUGUUUUGUUACCAAAAUAAGUUUCAAAAGCACCUUCUGAAGAGAUAUGGGUCGGUAUGUUGUUUAGAUGCUACGUACAAGACAACAAAAUAUGCACUGCCGCUGUUUUUUCUCGUUGUUAAAACGAACGUAAAUUAUGUGGUUGCUGCGGUCUUUAUCAUACAGCACGAAAAUGCGACUUGCAUCGCUGAAGCUCUGACUAUGUUGAAAAAUUGGAAUCCUGAUUGGAAUGUACAGUACUUCAUGACCGAUUUUUGUACAGCUGAGAUAAAUGCUAUUGAACAGUGUUUCAAUUGCUCUACUUUUAUUUGCGCAUUCCAUCGUGAGCAGUGUUGGGAUCGAUGGUUGAAGCAGAAUAAAAAUGUUCCGGAUAAACAAGAUGUCGUUCAUCUUAAAACAAUGUGGAAGAAGUUAGCUCGUUCAUUAACAGAAUCUGAUUUCAACAAGAAUUUUGAGGAUCUCGAAGCCAGUCAGGUUUGGUUGAAAAAUGAAGCAGCCAAGAAGUAUUUCAUGGAUACAUGGUACCCCGUUCGCCAAAAGUGGUCUGAAGCAUUUUUUAAUGCAGAUUUUCUUUUUAAAAUAACGACGAACAAUGGAAUAGAAAGCCAGAAUCAUGUCCUUAAGCAUUCCUAUUUGAAGCAGUACUCCAACAAAUCUAUGACAUCAGUCUUAGAUAUCAUAAUUACUCAAUUUCUCGUGGAUGCGCGUCAAAACUAUUCUAAAAUAAACUCCAGACUGAAUUCUGAAUGGAAAACUUAUAACAAGGAAAUACCUGAUUAUCUUGUUGAAAGACCUGAAUUUUUCAUCAAACACGUCUAUGAUCGUAUAGCUUCAGCCAAAAAUGCAUACACGACCAAUAAUCUGAUACAUUGUGUAGCUGAAGGAAAAUUUUUGGUGAAAUCUGAAAAAAAAACGAUUUGGUAUUGCGUCGACUUCAAAAAACCAAGCUGUACCUGUGACGAUUAUCGGAGAUGGAAAUUUCCUUGUAAGCACUUGGGAGCAAUUUUUCUUCACGUUCCUGGUCAUUCUUUCACUGAUUUACCCAAAGAUUACCUGGACAAUCCAUUCAUCACCAUUGAUCCAACGUUUAAUAUAUUUUCAUCGUUGGAUAAAGAUGUCUCUAAAAACGCUGCCCAAGAAAAUGAUUUGCCAUUGGAGAAUUCGAGUUCCGAAAAUGUUCAUGUUGAGGAGGUGAUAAAUUUGCCAGAAAUGGAUGAAGAUUUCGAAAAUGAUACUGAUAUUAUCAUUAAUGUGAAUACUGAUGACCAACCUCAGCCUACCAAUUUUGGAAUUUUAAUUACAAAUGAAAACUCAGAAGCUGAAAUGGUUCAAGAUCCGAACGUCAACUUGCCAAUACGAAGUUCAACACUCAAAAAAAAUAUACGAGAAGCUGUAAAAGAUUUAUUAAAUUUAACAUACUUGAUUAAAAAAGAUCCGGAUACUAAUAAUCUUCAAGUUUGCUAUGAUUCAGUAGUGUUGGCGAGCGAAGCUUUAAAAAAAGAGAUCGUAAAAGAAAAUGGUUUGGAACUCUUACCACUUCCUUCUCCUCAUAAGAAAAAACGUACCAAAUGAUUGUUAAGUUUUUAAAUUUAAUUUACCAAAUGAAAUUAUUUUCAAAACAAUUGUUAAAUUUAUAUAUUUCCGAAAUGAUUGUUAAAUAAUUAAUAAAAUAUGACGUUGCUUUUC